AUGACCUCCCUCGAAACUGCUUUUGAAAAAGCUAGUGCUGAUGGCACACUCGCCGGAGCAGCUCUCCUCGCAGCAACCACAGACAAGGGAAUCGUCUACUCCAAAGCCUUUGGCAAGCGAUCUCUCGAAAAGGACGCACAGGAUAUGACAGUCGACGAUGUCAUGCAAUUGUACAGCGCAACCAAGCUUGUCACUAGCAUCUCUGCAAUGCAACUUGUCGAACGUGGCUUGUUUACCCUCGACGAAGACGUCUCCAAAGUGCUUCCGGAAAUUGGGGGUCUUAAAGUGUUAACUGGAAUGAACGGUUCCGAGCCGAUAUUUGAAGAGCCAAAAUCAAAAAUUACCCUACGGCAAUUGCUGUCCCACUCUUCUGGCCUUGCAUACCCAUUCUUAUCGCCAACAAUCGCCGAAUACAACACUGCCCAGGGCCGUCCACCUUUCCCACCUUUCCUCACAGUGACAGAAAGCUUCACUUUCCCUCUCACUUACCAGCCUGGCAUCUCGUGGGAAUAUUCGUCAAGUAUUGACUGGGCUGGCCUACUCAUUAGCCGCGUGGCAGGGGUGAGCCUCGAAGAAUACACGCAGCAAAACAUUGCCUCGCCGCUCGGAAUCGACGAUAUGACCUAUUUCCUCGCAGGAAAACCGGAUCUUCAGUCUCGACUAGUCUCGAUAGUCAACAGAGACCCAUCAAUCCCCGACGGCAAGGGAAAAGUUGUCCCAAGCGAGGGCCCGGGUGUUAUGAGCCAGGUCAAAGAAGAACUAGGCGGCGCGGGACUACACACAUCAGCACACUCUUACAUAAAAGUUUUGCAUAGUCUACUUGCCAACGACGAAAAAUUGCUCAAAAGGGAAACAGUCGACAGCAUGUUCGAGCCCCAACUCACCCCGGCUUCGCAACAGGCACUGCAAGCCACAUUUGACCAUAUACCCAAGGGCAAAACUGGAUCUGCGCCGCCUUUUAUUGGCGAGUUUGCGCAAGUGCAACACGACUUUGGGCUGGGCGGCAUGCUUAGCAUGGAAGACGUUGAUUCUGGAUCGAAAAAGUGGAGAAGAAAGGGGUAUAUGUUUUGGAGUGGUAUGGCGAAUUGGUAUUGGUUUAUUGAUCGCGAGGCUGGCCUUUGUGGCAUUUUUGGAACACAAGUCAUGCCCAAUGCAGAUGAGCAAGUUCGGGAGAUGAUAAGCGUGUUUGAGAAGGGAAUGUAUGAGCGGUUUACUUUUGCGUGA